AUGACACAUCAAGUGUAUGGACUUCUUGUUCUGUCAGAUAAGUCUCUUGCCGAAUCUCAAGCUCGAUUUUACGGGAAGGACGAGCAAGGAAUCUGCAUAGAACCCGCCCUCUUCGCUGAGUUCACCAGGAAAGAGAUCGAGUUUCUUGAGGAAUUCAGGCAUCAGAUAGAGAUAGAGAUCCGAGAAGCCCAAUCCCACGAGGACAACGAGCAGCACGUCAGCGCAUUUGAUCAAGUGAAGGAGCUAAUUUCGAACAUUGAAGGAAGAGCUGGGACCAAAAUUAUCGAUCUUGUGCAAGAAGAGUAG